CGGCGAUCUGGACGACCAAAAUCGACCUCCAGAUGCGGCCGCAGACCAAGGGGCACUUUCACCAACGGCACCGGCAUCAGUGAUAGCAUCAGCGGCAUCCCAGCAGCACAACGCCGCCGCCAAGAUACAACAAGACAGAUCCAGCUCCGCACAAGCAGCAGACCCGUCCGUCAACAGCAUGGGAGAGCCAGACGAGGAGCCCAGCCAGCCCACCUUCGAGCAGUAUACCACUGCCGACGGUCUGACGGCGAUCAAGGAAGGCCAGGCCGAGAUCCUGUUUUCGAAUGCCAACGAUGUCUUCUACAACCCGGUUCAGGAAUUCAAUCGUGACAUGUCGGUUGCGGCCAUCAACGUCUGGAGUGAAAUGUACCUGCAGGAAAAGCGGGAGGCAGCUACAGCCACUCGAAAGCGAAAGCAGGAUCAGAACGCCGUGCCGCUACCAGUGCCUGAUGGAGUCGCGAUUCUCGAGGGACUCUCGGCCACGGGCUUGCGAUCGAUCCGAUAUGCCAAGGAGAUUCCCAAUGCCAAGUCCAUCACCGCGAACGACUUUGAUGCGAACGCUGUCGAGACCAUCAAGCGAAAUGUCAACCACAACGGCUGCGAGGACAAGAUCAUUCCAAGUCUCGGUGAUGCAUGUGCCGUCAUGUACCAGAAGCUUUUUGCAAACGAAAAGUACGACAUGAUCGAUCUGGACCCAUAUGGAUCAGCCGCCCCGUUCAUCGAUGCCGCUGUCCAAGCUGUCGCCGACGGAGGCCUGCUGGCUGUGACCUGCACGGAUAUGGCGGUUCUUGCCGGAAGCCAGCCUGACUCGUGUUGGGCCAAAUACGGAGGCAUGCCCAUUCCGAACGCCCCAUACUGCCACGAAAUGGGUCUGCGCAUCGCACUGCACACCAUCCAAACGUCAGCUGCCCGACACAAGCGAUAUAUUGUGCCACUUGCCAGCUGUAGCAUCGACUUUUACAUUCGCAUGUUUGUGCGAGUGUACACCUCUCCACAGGAGGUCAAGAAGCUUGCGAGCAAAACUGCCAUGGUAUAUCACUGCAAUGGAUGCCGAUCGUUUGUCACCCAGCCGAUUGGAAAGUAUGUCGAAAACGGCAACAGUGUCAAAGGCGGCCCUGCCAACGGACCGCUGGCUGCGCAAGCAUGCGGCUUCUGCGAAACAAAAACCAGGAUCGGUGGUCCAUUCUGGGCUGGACCGCUCCACAACGACGUUUAUCUCCAGAAAGUCAUCCAGCACGUCAAGGACAAUAAGGACAAGUACAAAACCAAUGGUCGGAUGCUGGGCAUGCUCACCGUCAUUUCGGAGGAACUGGAGACUCCCUUUUAUUACUCUCUGAGCUCGCUCAGCGGCUCCCUGCGAUGCACAUCGCCGCCCUUGCUCACCGUAUUCUCGGCCCUCCUCCACAAGGGGUACAAAGUAUCUGUCUCUCACGCCUGUAGUGGCUCGAUCAAAACCAACGCCCCCACAUCGGUGGUUUGGGAUGUCAUGCGCGGUUGGGUCAAGUUCCACCCGGUCAAGACCAAGUCGGGCGAGGAGCAGUCUGUCUCGGCUAAGCUUUUGGCGGUUGAGCCAAGCUUCGAGGCCAACUUCGAACCACACCCCGAAAUGGAGGCACCCUCGCGCAAGAUCAAGCUGGUGCGGUACCAGGUCAACCCGACCAAGAACUGGGGCCCCAAGGCCCGAGCAAAGAAGCGCGCGAUCGACGAAGGCAAGAACGACGGCGAUGCCGAGAGCGACCAGAAAAAGCAACCCUGAUUCUGGAUCGCUCCUCGCCACGCUUAAGCUGAUAGGGCGGCUUGUUUGAAAGUGAAAUGCCGCACGGAUGAACCGAGAGCGCUUUGGGCGACAUGGCGCUCCAAUGCAAGCCAGACGGCUGUGGGGAACGGCUUGCACGGCAGCCAACGACCCGGCGACCGCUUCCCCCCGAUGAUAGUUUUGCAGUAGUCACAAUCGUAACGGAACAGAGGGCUGCCAGGGAUUGUUAUCUCUUUUUGUCUGGUACCUGAAUAGAGACACACAUGUUGAUAUGUCA